GUAACCAAAACCCCGUAAAACUAAUUAUAAUGUUAACUAUAUAGCUUUGUAAAUAAACUGGUCAAAAGUCCAAGAAUGGACUCAAAAUAGUUAUGAUGCGACUGCAAUGCAAUAGUUUCAAAAUUCCAAGUGAUUUUACAAACGCUAGGUUACACGAAAAUAGAUAAUUGAAAUCUACAGUUAAACUAAAAGAAAAUAUACUGAAAGCACGUCAAAAUGUUCAAGGAUGACGAUGAUGAUGACGAGGCCACCUUGAGUGCCACAAGGUACCCUGUCAUGCCUUCCCUGGUGGCUCUGCAGCAGAUGAGGAACCGUCUCCACCUGGCAUACCUCGGCAAGAAGCUGAUGAAGUGGACAGCUUUAGCUUCCCGCAAAGAAAUGAGGAGACUAUCUGUGAAGAUUAAUGACGCCCUGAUGGAUUAUGGUGAGCGGGUGGAAGAAGCCUUCAUUCUCCUGGCCAGAGCGAGAUAUUUUCUGCCUCAGCUCAACGGCGUGGUGCUAGAGAGUAUUCCUCGACAAGCAAGUAUCACAGUCAAAACAGCAGGCAGAAGUGUUUCCGGAGUGAAAGUUAAGAAUUUAAACUUGAUUGAGACCUUUCAAGAUCCCUAUCCAUUUUGGGAUUAAACAGGCGGUAUGGUCGUUACCAACUGCAAAACUGCUUGGUCGGAGUUGGUACGACGAAUGGUGUUGGUGCUGCAACUGAGAACUACUUUUGACCUGGUCGAAGUAGCCCACAAGAAUGCCACCAAACGAAAACGUUCUCAAGAAAAUUGUCAGACACCAGAAGUUGAAGGACAAACAAGGACAGGACAGACAUUAAGUAAGGUAAGAAUGCAAACGAUGGAAGACGAGGGCAUGCUGGACUAUGAGCCGACGAUCGGAGAUAGAUCAUCGCUUGAAUUCAAGUCUAUGCCGGACCUGCAAGCCACAGACCGUAAGCUGAGACCAGUCUCAGAAGAACCGAUUGAGAGAAUAUCGAAAAUAAGGAUUGUGGAAGUACCGAUGGUGGAACCAGAUAGAGAAGCAAUUCCACUUCAAGCGGCAACAAGUCAUAAGUUCUUAUUACUACCUCCAACGUCAACCCCACUACCACCACCACCACCAGAACCACCAGCAAGGCCUAAAGUUACUGCUCCAGUUCCCCACAUCCUAUACCUAUCAUUGAAGAACAACCAAAGAAACAGUGUACAAUGUGCGGCAAACAACUUGCAGAAGAAGAAUCAACUUUUGUCAUGUUGUAAAGAAUUUAAGGAAAAACUUGAGUAUAGUAAAUCAAGUAAAGAACCAACCACUCCUUCAAGUUUAGAGAGAAUUAUAAGCCAAAUAGACGACAGUAUUAUAUUGAGCAGAGAAGCUAAGAAAAGCGGUUUGGUGAGUGAAACUGUGGACGACUUCAUCAAAGGAUGUCAAGUAAUAAAAGCAAAGAUCGCAUCAAAUGAAGCACAGCAAGCAGAGCCUAAGCCACAAGUAAUUGAUGAUCUGCUAAUAAACAUAAAUGAUAUCAUAAACUACAUAUCAAAAUAUAGAGAUGAAGGUUUGGUAUCGCAAAGUGUUGAAGAUUUCUAUAAGACUUGUCAAUUAACUAGAGCUAAACUAUUGCUUUACAAAAGAUCCCAGGGGCAGCAAAGGUGGAAUCAUACCUCAAUAUCCGACGCCGUGCCAGGAGAAAGAGAGGAAAUAUUCAGACUGAAAAGAUUCAAAGAACUCAAAUAUGUACAUAAAGCACCAAAUGUAAAAGAUGAAGUGGACAGAAGAAUGUCUUUGUCACCUGAUCUAAUCUUACCAGUAAUUUUCGAAGACUCAAAAAAAGAACUGGUGAUAGAUGCUAUAUCAUUAAAAUUAAAAAUGGUGCCAAAAACCACAGAAACUGAGAUUGUAGAAACUUCAGAGAAGGAAACAGGCAAAGAUGAUAAAAAGGAGAUAGAAAUUAUAAGUGAAAAACCAAGUUAUAGGUGGAAGAAAAUUACUAUAGAAGACAAAAUGGUUGCAAUGGAGAACGUAAAGACGGGACUCACUCCUUGCAGUACAGUAGCUGGCUCCAAGAUUACGUUAAGUAAAUAUGAUAAAGAAGCAGGAAAAUCGCAAUCCAGUCUGUGGCAGGCUGAAGCUCAAGCAAAAGAAGGAGCGAAAAAUCUAGUAUUACGUAGAGUGCAAAGGCAAGAGACAAACUCCUGUCAUUAUAAAGAAAGGCUUGAAAAUCUCCAGAAAAAUAUAAAUCAACUAAUAGAAAUGGCGGACGACUUGGAAGGUACAUUGAGCAACGUGGAUAAGUUUAUAGAAAAAUGUGAAAUUGUCAAACGUAAAAUCGAAGCAUUAAGUUGCUCUUGCGUAGAAGAUCAGUCAGAUACACCAUGCAAACCGACAGACUACUUAAACUUUAACCUACAACCUACCUCAACGUUUCCACAAUCAGGAAACGAUAGAUCAAGAGGACAAUCAGCUAGCCAGAAACAGUCACAUGAAUCGAACGUAGAAGAUAUAUCAUUACAAACUUCUUCAGCAGCUACCUCGUCAGGAGUAUCAUGUCCGCAUUCAAGUUGUGCCAAUUGCGCAGGAAGACCACCUGUCGGCGAUAAUCCAUUACUAGCAUCCCUAGAAGUAAGUGAAAGAAUACUAGUAGACAGACCUAUGGCACAAUCAGCAACAGGACCAGAAGCACACGCACAAAUGUCGACUAGCGCGUAUGAGAUAAAACCUGAACUCAAAGGGACUUACUCACACUACGACAAGGAAUACAAAGAAAUAAGUAAAGUUUCAAGGACCAUGAAUUCGGAUGGAAGUAUAAGCGAGGAGAGACAAGUUGUAGCAAUUAAAACUGAAAGACAGAAUCGUCCACGUCCUGGUUUUAAAGAUCGUGGGUCGAAGGACAAUACAUGUACAAAGGCUUGUGCCAGAAGGACCAGUGAAUGUGGAUAUAGUGGUGCGCAGGAAAAUAGUGACAACUUCAAAAACAGCAGCAGUGGUUACAGCAGUCAAGCAGGUCCCAGUUUUGAAAAUAAAUAUGCUGUAGACCCUGGAAUCUGUAGUGGCUGUAGCAAGCGCAUAUCUACUCCAUAUGAUGAAAUAUUACCAUGGCAAGAUGUAACUGUCCCAGAAACUCCGGUCUGUUGCCCUAAUGAGCAAUUGCCUUCUUCAAACCAAAACUUGGCGAAACCGUGUUCAUGUUUAAAAGAUGCAAAGACAUGGACGAAACAAACGGAUUCUGUUCUAGUGGGUUCAAAUAUAUUACUUCCUUGCGAGUCGAAAGCGGUUUGCAAUUCUGAUUCAGAAGUUGUUCCUAAACGUGUAUCAUUAUCUACGUCUAUGCAAUCAUGCUGGACCGAUCCUGCAGUGAAAAGUAUGUCAAUAGACAAAACGACGGAUUGUGUACCUUGUUGUAAAGGAAAUAACCGAACAAAUAAUAGAAAGGAUACUGCUACUUCUUGGAAGAGCUAUGAAGGAGGCUCGAGCCCAAUUGAGCAUAGAAACCACUGUAAAUGUUCGAAUUCUCAUCGUUAUGACAACUUCAAAGUUUUAUCAAAACCAGUUGGCGAUCUUGAAAACACUAGCCAUGGCAGUGAGAUCAUCCUUAAAGGCAGCAUACUAAACGCUCUGAGGAGACUUCUCUUGCCUUCACACAGAGCAAUAGAACCUGGUGAAUCUCCAAAUAUAAGUCCAAAUUCAAGAAGCCGCUGUUCAUGUAUUGGUUGCCAGUCUAAAUUUUCCACAUCGUCUAAAAGUUCGGACCCAAAACUGUCUUAUGAAGAAGGUAAAGAUCUGCCAGCUCUGCCGCCGAACCAAUCUAUUUCUGAAGAGUCUUCUCGCCACAGCGUAUUCUCUGGGUGUAGGGCUGCAUGCUCUUUAUUAGCUAAAAGUAUUAGAGGAAAGUGUACGUCCCCAAAACCGGCUGAAGUGUGUUGUCCUAAACCUAAACCUGCUUUGCCGAAGCAAGUUUCUGCACCAAGACCAGCCAAGCCUAAACGGAAAAAUGCUUCUACUUGUACAAGAGCAUCGGACAGAUAUGACUGCAGAACUCUGAGGUCAUUAAAGAGGGUUCAUCCUUGUGCAAAGAUCAGAAGGCAGGUCUGCACGUGUCAUUCAGACACUCAUUUGCUCAUUCAAGACGAGCCAUAUUGUUUAGUAACUAGAGCUACGUCUUGUAGCGGAGCGCACUACUAUUGUUUUCAUUGAAACAGUCAGAAUUUAUGAAACGUUUAUGUACUUUGUCAUUUCAAACAUUUUCAGUACUUUUCAUGUUGAUGCGUUAGGAGAUCAAAA